UUCAAAGACUAUUAUGGGAUAAAGUUGGACUUAUCACCACUUGGCUGGUCUAUAUCACUAUGGAAUGAUGAUUCUUUAUCAUUGCUACUAUUUUGGGGUGUAGCUAUUUUAGAAAUGAGUGAUAUACUUGGUUGGUAA